CCGCGCGCACAAGCCAUGGCUCAGAGCACCGGAGGGGAGCACCACGUCCGCGUGCCGGCUCACAGCGGCGGGCAGGCGGGCACGGGAGACACGCCGCCGGAGAAGCAGCUGAACAGCUUCGUUCGCGCGGUCGCGCUGAUCGAGCGGCUGGGCAACGCCCUCGGCACGCUCGCCUUCACCUGGGCGACCGUCGUCCUGCUAGGGGGCUAUCCCGCGGUGCUCCGCCAAGACUGCGACUUUUGGUUCGCAACCACCAUAGUUUUCCUAGAAGCAGCAAGGAUGUUCAGCCGCAAUAACAAACUGGAUUACCAAUUGUUCUUUUACACAAGAGGCGCUUUCAAGCCUCUUGGAUGGAAUGGGCUGACUGUGGUGGUAAUUUUUACCAGCGUUUUGUUACUCCUCAUCAGUUACCGUUAUCUUUAUUUGAGAUGGAUGGUUCUCCUGAUGGCAGCGCUGGUUACACUCCGGUUUGUGUCCUCAGUAUUUGCAAGGUUACUCAGAGGCAAUCUGCUACGCCGUGCCAUAUCGUUAUUGAGCCCCUUCAUUCCAAUUUUAUUUCUUGGUCUCACUUUGUUCCGUGUAAAGAGAAUCACAGGUGAAGGAAUUGCCACCAGUCAAAUUGCAAAACUGGUAGUGUUGGCCCUACUGUUUCUGGUUGUGCUUCUUUUGACGAUCAGCCGGCUGCGGUUUCCAAGUAUCAUCAAUCUAGUUAAACGUGCUCUAGGCAGCAAACAAGAGUUUUGGCAUCGAAUCAUUCUGAAUUCGUGCAUGCUUACUACAGGAGUGCUGUUGGCGUUUGUGUUCCCUUAUGAUUUUGUCAUUAUCUUCAUAAUUGAAUUAGUUGCUGUAGCGAUUGUGUCAUUGGGCAAUUUACAGAUUCCAGCAGCAAUUGUGCGCGUGGUGCUCGCACUAAUACGCCUUAUACCACAUGACUACUACGGUGAUGAUAUCAGGCAGAUUGACAAUAGUGACCCUGGGAAUGGGGGGAAGAUAAACCUUGCACCAUCCCUAAAUAUAUUCUACGGGAUGGUGCUUGGUCAAGGAACACUCUACAGUGUGGCCUGCAUACUCGAGUUAUUUUCUUUCAUCCCUCGAAGGUCCCUUGCCCGUCGUGGUGGCUUCGGAGGUCAGUGGGGAGUGGAGUCUGUGAAUCUUUACUAUGCAUACGCCUUUGAGAAAUACAUGCAAGGGGAUGUGCUUGCUCCAAAGAACAUCAACCUCAACAACUUUGCUGUCGAUUCUAUAAACUCAGAAACGCCUAAGAUGCAGUUUCAUGGGAUUAGAAUGAUGCACUGUCUUCUGCAGAAGCAGCCAACUAGGAGAUGGUUCAUUUUGAAACUCAACGGAUCUAUGGAAACGAUGGUCAGGUUAAUCAACAUGCUGGACUGGACAAGCCCAGAGGAUACAACUGUUAGAUUGUUUGCUGCAAAAGUCACCGCUGAGCUUGCAACAAGCAUCCGAGUUGUAACUAUACCAGGGAUAAUUCAGGUUGUAUCAGCUCUUCUGGGAUGCGGCAACCAACAGAAAAGAGGAAACCCACUAUUGGACAGCAAAGUUGGCCAUGAGAAUAACCAAGAGGGAAGACCUGAUGCAGUUUCAAACACUGGCCGCAGGCUGAUGGAAACACAAGACCGCUCAACCCAACAAGUUGGGACUAUCGAACAAAAGUCCAGGAUAUUCAGAUGUUGUCAAGGGAUCUCCAAGUUAUGGUCAAUUCCUCAGGAGGAACCAUUGACAGAGCAAGAUCUUCUACCUGCACUAGCCAUGUUAAUUCUCGAUGGCCUUGCUAGCUUUGAUCAAGGAAAUUGUAUGGAAAUCAGCAAGGCAAGCGGCCUCAUCCCCAAGAUCAUAGCAUUCACAAGCUGCAGAACAAGUGGGACCACAUAUACGGACGCACAACGGAAGGUCCUAGUGAAGUCAUCAGUGAAGUUGUUGCACAGGCUCACCAGUGUUGAAGGGGAAAUUGGCAUAACGUUGCGGCAUAAGGUAUCUAAAUAUCCCUUUCUACUGAGAAACCUUGCGGAGAUCCUGGGAGACGGUACGAGCAGCCAAGAAGUAAGAACGUUGGCGGAAGGAAUCAUCAGAAACCUUGCCAUUGAUGAGAACACAAGGCAAGUGAUUGGGCACAUCCAAGUGAUUAUUACCUUGUUGAUGCAGGCAUUUCUCAAACCAGACAGACCCUCCAGUACGGAUGCUGAUAAGUUGCUAAGGGAGGUGGCCGGGCAGGCACUGGCAAUGUUGGCAAUGGACAAUGUCAACAAUUGUCUAGCCAUGUUAGGGGAAGCAGGGCAUGAGUUCAUUGAGGUGCUCACAAGUAUGAUCCAUAUGGAUAGGUACAGAUGCGUGGCAGCAAGUCUGUUGCGGAAUAUUUGCCAGCACGCUCGACCUGAGCUUAAAGAGCCGGACCUGAAGGAACUAUCUUAUUGCUUGAGACAGGCGUUGGAAAUAAUAUUGGUUGCAGACGAGAAGGCAGAACUGGAGAUUUUCAUUGGCCUUAGUUCGCAGAUAUGCAAAGUCAUUCCAGGAGACUUCGCCCGAGAACUAGAAGACGGCCAUCUCAAGGACAGAUUCGUGAAGCGGCUCGUAGACGCCCUGAACGCAAACAUGGAACCCAGCGCUCACUGCCCCGGGAUCAGGAGGGUGAUACUCGAGCAAGCCAUAAACAUGAUGGAACAUGACUCUCGCUACGCGAGGUGCUUCAUCGACCGCCGCAUGGCGGAAGCACUGUCCAUGGUGGAAGAGACGGCCUCGGAGGCCGAGAACUACAGCCUCUUCCUAGGUGAUGUAGGGCUGAUGGAGGCCCGCGUGCCUUUGUCAUCCCUUGUGGCGACGGCCAAACAGCUGCUGGCCAUCCAUCGAAGCUGACAACCCCAUCAUCAUCAUGGAUACAGAUUGUAUUGUAGUUGUGCUGUUGUGGUGUCCUUUUC